CCCUGUGUACAUGCUGUCCACAGAAAAGCCAGCUUUGACUUUUGUUUUUCAAUUUAAACAAAUUAUUAAAAUGAUAAAUUCGCUGUACAAUAAGUGAUUAAAAGGCCACACAUACAAAUACUGACCAUAUAUGUGUGGCAAGUCAAACUUUGAAUUGUCUUUUGCUACUUUUGUGAAACGGCAGGUAGACUUGUUCUCUAGCGGUUAUUAUCAUCUUUAUUGUUACCAUAUCCAAAAAGUAGUGCACAGCUUUCAGUUAACACUACCGCAAACAGUAGACUACUAGCCACAACUUUUAUGUUAUAAAGCUAUAAGUUUUAAAUCCAAGUAUACAGGUAUCUCGCGUGAACAAGCCAUCGCCUGCCUACUGCCCCAACAGAUAACUUAGCGAUGCUAACAGUUAUGAAGUUCAGUCAGUAACGUUAGCUUCCUUCCGUCGACAUGAAUUUGUAUCACGUCUUGGAGCUGGUGGGAGAGGGCUCGUUUGGUCGAGUUUACAAGGGGAGGAAAAGAUUUACCGGUCAGGUGGUGGCUCUGAAGUUCAUGCCAAAGGUGGGUCGUUCUGAAAAGGAGCUACGGAGUCUCAAGAGGGAGAUUGAGAUUAUGAGGGGUCUUCAACAUCCAAACAUUGUCCAACUCUUUGACAGCUUUGAGACUGAAACUGAGGUUGUGGUUGUAACUGAGUAUGCAGAGGGUCAAUUGUUCCAGAUUCUUGAGGAUGAUGGGAACCUACCAGAAAGCCAGGUCCGUGAGAUUGCCUGCCAGCUGGUCUCAGCUCUGUAUUAUUUACACUCCCAUCGCAUUCUUCAUCGUGACAUGAAACCACAAAAUAUACUCUUGGGGAAAAGUGGGGUGGUGAAACUGUGUGACUUUGGGUUUGCCAGGGCCAUGAGCGUCUCCACCUUGGUGCUGACUUCUAUCAAGGGAACGCCACUGUACAUGUCUCCCGAGCUGGUAGAGGAAAAGCCUUACGAUCACACUGCUGAUCUGUGGUCUUUAGGCUGCAUCCUUUAUGAGCUCCACACGGGGGCACCUCCGUUCUACACUAACUCCAUCUUCCACCUUGUGCAGCUCAUUGUGAGAGAGCAAGUGAAAUGGCCAGGCACUAUGAGCGACACCUGCACGAGUUUCCUGAAAGGUUUGUUGACCAAAGACCCUCAGAAGCGGUUGUCGUGGCCAGACCUCCUGCACCACCCUUUUGUUGCUGAUGAUGUUCUAGUACUGUCAGACACAGAUGUUUUCAGCCCCCUGACAGUCCCACCCAGCCCAGACAUGCUGGCGCUGAAACUUCAGCAAGCGGCAGCGAAGACAGUUCCGACUUCUGGAGAGAGCAGGUUACUGCGAAAGGCCAGGGAACAGAGGGACAACCGUAGCAGGGGAAAACCAGUUGGUAGUGACAGUGUAAAAAAAAAAAAGGAUGGAGUUGGAAAUGAAAGGGCCAACUCUGCAACGGCAGCAACACCCCCCAGAGCCAAGCCCCACUCCAGUGAUGGCUCUGUUACUUCAAGCUACUCGACCACGGCAGCUUCAAAUCAAAACCUCAACCCAAAGACUCAAGCCUGCACAAGAUCAAAACACAGGGGUCAGAUCAGCAGAGACUACGAACAGGAAUUCCCCUCUGUAGAGGUCGGCCCUCGACUGGUGCGGACAGGCAGUGAGGACAGACAGACCACACUGCACAGGCAGAAUGUUGACAGUGAAGCUUAUUGGGAGAAACUGGUCCAAGAAUCAGAUCCAAGCAAGCAGCUGAAAGAACUAUUUGACUACAGUGCCAUUAUACCUCAACUUAGAUCUAAGAUUCUCGCUUUUAAAGCUCAGCUAACAGUUGGCAUUGUUAAAGAAACAUGCCAGAUUCACCUGCCGCUGAAGGUCUUAUGCAACCUGAUUCUGACCUCUGAACCCGAGAAGUCAUACCACAUCAGCCGUGAACUUGGACUACCCCACGUCCUUUUUGACCUGGUCCACGAUACUGUAGAGAACUCAAAUUUCAUCAAGCAACCGUGGAGUGUUCCAGCACUUAGAGAAAUUAUUGCAGUGCUCUUGAUCUACUGGGAUAAACAUUGUGACUGGGUGGAAGAAGAACAUAGACUGGAAGAGUUCACAAAGCCCUUCAUCACAAUUCUAAGUCGACCAGACCUCAUUCCUUUGGCACCUUUGGCUGCCACUGUUUUGUCUCUGUUAACACAACACAGUGUCGAUGUCAAAGUUGAUAUGAACACUCUAACCUCCUUGCUGAAAAACCUGCUUUUGGAGCCCCAACUUUCCCUUCCCUCUGGCUGGGGACUCUGUGAUGGCCUCCUGUCUUUACUCCUCCACACACUGUAUGAGCAUCAAAAUGGUUCUGGAUCUUCAUGUUUAGAUCCAGUUAUGUUUCUGGAUUUAUGGAAGAAAAUUGGUACUUCACUAGCAAAGACGACAGCAGACACAGACUUCUGCUCGGCAAAUGGGCUGUAUUCCUUUCUGUCUGCUGCGCUGUAUGACUUCACUAAGGAUCCAUACUCAUGCAUUCCUCUGUUUUCUGCGAGUGAAUCAAAAUGUGUAUACACUCUUGGCCGGCUGCUGGGCACUGACUGUCUUCAUUUGUUUGCUGAAGGCAGUCCUGGGAGACUUGAGGUGGAUCUGAGUCACGACGCCUUGUCUGUGUUGAGCUGCCACUUGCUGUGCUUUCCAUUUGCCCUGGACCUGCCUUCACACACCAUGUCCACGAUUCUCCAGUUGUAUGACAGUUGUGGUAUUGUCACAAGCCUCCUGCAGGUAAUUCGAACUCUUCCUCCUCCGCUGCUGGAGCUGCCUCUCUCCCUGCUGAGCCGUUUGCUCCUGUGUGACCUCGAACGCUCCAUUUCCCGCCUCAGAAAAGCUGCUUGUGGGUUUUUUUUCGCGCCACCCAGGGACAGCCAGCUCGGCACCUCCAGACACCAGACGCCGCUUACCAGAACCGCCAGCUCCCUGCUCCUUGACUUGCUGCAGCUGGACAUGCUGUGGGACUCUGCUGCAGAGCUCCUAACUCUCUUGUCCCAAGUAGCCCGUUGUUCAGCCUGGCCCGCCUGCCUCCAGCUUCACCUGGAAGCCUCAGUGCUGCACCAGGCGCUGGCUCACUCUCAUGACCAGAUCAGGGCUGCUUCAUGCAGACUUUUGGGAAACCUGAAUCCAUUCAGGCCUCCUGUCCUGCAACCUGAUAUUUUCAAAAGCAUGAUAGGCUGUCUUCAUGACUCCUGCCCGCCUGUCCGGCGAAUGGCUUGCAGGGCAGUUGGGAACUGGUUGGGACACAUUGCAGCAGGGGCAGAGUUUAAAAUGUGCAGGUCCAAUAGAAAGGGCAGUGAUACCACAGGGUGGGGCAAAGAAAAGGAACAAAACAAACUCAAGUGUUCACAGAGUGAUACAGCCGGAAAUUUAGCUACUGUCAUAGAGCGGGGAGUGGACGAAGAGGAGUGCAGCAGGUGGAUAGAGGAAGCCACGAGGACGGCGGCCGCUCUGGCGUCUCUGAUCACUGACCCCGAUGCCCUCACACGUCGUUACUGUUGUGCAGCCCUGGGAAACCUGGUAAAUGUUGAUGGCGCUGUAUCCUUGUUGUUGGAGGAGGACGUGUCCAGCCUACUUCUGAGAGCCGCAUGUACCGAUUCCCAUAACGCAGUGAGACAAGCUGCCAUAGCAACCCUGUGCCUGUACAGCGAGCAGGACGCAAUACGUCAGGUCCUGAUAUCCCUCGAUGCCAAUAAGAAACUUCUCCAGGCUUCACAACAUGCACCUCCGCAAUGUGACUAUCAUCAGCUCAUUGGACAGCUGUGAGUGAGUCCACUUCAUGAGGAAUGACAGCAGAGUAAAAAAUUCUUCUCCCUCCUGACUUUACAGUACCUGUCUUAAGCAAUGUGAUAGGAGAUGGCAGAAAAUAAUCAUAUCCAAUGUUUAUUUCUUUUUUAUGUGUCUUAUUUUCUUUGAAAAGUUAACCUAAUACAUAAUACACAUUGUGUUAAUAAAAAUUAACUUUUCUUAAUGAA